CGGCACAGAGACACUGUUCAGAAAGCCGAGAACUGCAUUACUGCACGAAGCGAGUGAGAUUUCACCAACAAAAAUGAGGAGUUUCACGCUAGGCUUCUUUGCAGGUUUAUUUUGUCUGUCAGCGGCAGUUAACGAUUUCCCGGUCUACCUUCUGGGCAAUGCUGAUAAUUUUCUCCAAGGACCCUUCCAAACUUCUGCUGUCCUCAGUUUACCUCCAUGCACAUAUGCUGGACAGAAUUUUAUCGUCACCACAACAGCCAAUAGUACAAAUACUGCAGUAACUUCUCAACCCAUUCCAGUGCCAAUCUGUCGAUAUCGACGAGAUGUACUCACUAACAGUAUCGCCAAUGGAAUGUACACUUUAACACAGACAAAUGGGUACCAACUUAAUGGACUGCAGCCUGGCAAUACAUAUAGUGUUCAAUAUACCAUAGGAACAAAAUCCAGUACUCCUCUAUCUAUAACAACUCCAACAGUAAAAGACUUCAACUCAAUUGAUACUGGUCUUGGAGCUCGCUCAGGAGGCAUGGUAGUAAUUACUGUUCUUCUGUCUAUUGCCAUGUUUAUUCUCAUCGUGGGCCUCAUUGUCACCAUUGUGAUGGGGAGAAGAAACAGUUAAUCAAAAAGACACAACAAUGAAUGCAGUGUGACUGCCUUUAUGAUUCUUCUUUUUCAGCUUUUUAAAAUUUUUAACCCAUUUCUUCCUAAUGAAAAAUAAUUCCAAAUGUAUAAUGUUGUAUAGUAAGAUACAUUAUUUGUAAGCUCAAGGGGUUAACUGUGGACCCUAUAUAGAAGAUCAAAAAGAUUUUGCUGAGAUCCUUUGUGCACAAUCAAUAAAGAAUUGAAAGCGCAGUAUUCCAUCUGUACCUCCCUUUCACCUGAGUGCAGAUGAUGCUCUAAAAAUCUUGGAUAUCUUUUCUGUAUUGCCGGUAUUCAACAUGACAAUUACUCUGGUUUUUUAAUUUUUCCAUUUAAUCUGCCUCACAUAUUUGCUUUGUAUCUAGCGUGUGGGGCAGCAUGAAGCUGCAAGGCUCCACAGAAUUGCUUACAAAGGUUUUGUGAUGACAUUUGACUGCAAGAUGAUGGCUAAUGGCUAUUUGCUGCUGGGCCUGAAUGCAGCCCAAUAGCUGUUUUUAAUGCUUGAAUUUAAUUUUAUUUUACUAAUAAAAUAGUCAUUUUACUUUUGGUAUUAUUUUAUUCCGUAUUUUUCCAUUUUAUGUAUGUUGUAUGUUCGUACUUCCAAUCUUCUCAUUUCAUUUCUCUCUAGAUUAAGUGCAGGGUUAGAACUGUCACUUAUACUCAAUUUCUCCUAAAUACUUUGAAGUGUUAUACUUAGGAAGGAUGGCUGAAAAGCUAUAGACUGCUGCUGAAAUAAUGACGUAUGUACACUAAUAAAAUAACUUCACAAACUUUUCACCAAGAAAAGUGCUAUGCAUUUAAGAUGUGUUCUGUUUAGCAUGUCAUUUUUCCCUUUUUGAUGCCCACCCCUUUUCUUCAUCUUGCUGUUUUCAGGUCAGACACUGCUUCACAAAUCUUACAAUAUCUGGUUUGGAAUAAUACUGACUAUGAAAUGUGCUACAUAACAAAUAAGAGACAUAAAUGCUUGUAGAUUUCCAGUUAAAGAUUUUAGUGCUACAAACUUUUUUCUAAUGUAUAUACUGCAACAGAAUUAAUGUUGAACAUAAGCCAAGUCAUUGACUGUGAAUUUCAUUAGGGGAUGGAGCUCUGUGAAAUACUGUACAAUACCUAAAUAAAUUCUGAAUAUCCUUA